GGGCUGAGAAGCAUCAUGGCCAGUGUCAUACAGGCCUCCCUGGCUGCCCUCCUUCUGCUGCCUAUGGCUACCGCCAUGCACUCUGACUGCAUCUUCAAGAAGGGACAAGCCAUGUGUCUGGAGAAGAUCCAGAGGGCCAACGAGCUGAUGGGCUUGAAUGACUCCUCCCCAGGCUGCCCUGGGAUGUGGGACAACAUCACAUGUUGGAAGCCUGCCCACGUGGGUGAGAUGGUCCUCGUCAGCUGCCCUGAGCUCUUCCGAAUCUUCAACCCAGACCAAGUCUGGGAGACAGAAACCAUCGGAGAGUUUGGAUUUGCUGACAGUAACUCCUUGGAUCCCUCAGGCAUGAGGGUGGUGAGCCGGAACUGCACAGAGGAUGGAUGGUCGGAGCCGUUCCCUCAUUAUUUCGACGCUUGUGGGUUUGAUGAGUACGAGUCUGAGACCGGGGACCAGGAUUAUUACUACCUGUCGGUGAAGGCCCUGUACACGGUUGGCUACAGCACGUCCCUCGUCACCCUCACCACUGCCAUGGUCAUCCUGUGUCGUUUCCGGAAGCUGCACUGCACCCGAAACUUCAUCCACAUGAACCUCUUUGCGUCGUUCAUGCUGAGGGCCAUCUCCGUCUUCAUCAAAGACUGGAUCCUCUACGCUGAGCAGGACGGCAACCACUGCUUCAUCUCCACUGUGGAAUGCAAGGCUGUGAUGGUUUUCUUCCACUACUGUGUCGUAUCCAACUACUUCUGGCUGUUCAUUGAGGGCCUGUACCUCUUCACGCUGCUGGUGGAGACCUUCUUCCCCGAGAGGAGAUACUUCUACUGGUACAUCCUCAUUGGCUGGGGGACCCCAACUGUGUGUGUGUCCGUGUGGGCUGUGCUGAGGCUCUACUUCGAUGACACAGGCUGCUGGGAUAUGAAUGACAACACGGCUCUGUGGUGGGUGAUCAAAGCCCCUGUGGUUGGCUCCAUAAUGGUUAACUUUGUGCUCUUCGUCGGCAUCAUUGUCAUCCUCGUGCAGAAACUUCAGUCUCCAGACAUGGGAGGCAAUGAGUCCAGCAUCUACUUCAGCUGCGUGCAGAAAUGCUACUGCAGGCCACAGCGGGCUCAGCAGCACCCUUGCAAGAUGUCAGAACUGUCCACCAUUACUCUACGGCUCGCCCGGUCCACCCUGCUGCUCAUCCCACUAUUUGGAAUCCACUACACGGUCUUUGCUUUCUCCCCAGAGGACGUCAGCAAGAGGGAGAGACUUGUGUUUGAGCUGGGGCUGGGCUCCUUCCAGGGCUUUGUGGUGGCUGUUCUCUACUGUUUUCUGAAUGGGGAGGUGCAGGCGGAGAUCAAGCGGAAGUGGCGGAGCUGGAAGGUGAACCGCUACUUCACCAUGGACUUCAAGCACCGGCACCCGUCCCUGGCCAGCAGCGGGGUGAACGGGGGCACCCAGCUCUCCAUCCUGAGCAAAAGCAGCUCCCAGAUCCGCAUGUCUGGCCUCCCAGCCGACAACCUGGCCACCUGAGCCCACCCUGCCCCCUCCUCUCCUCGGAACAGCGGCUGGGGCUCGGGUGGGUGGGCGCCGGCCCACGCGUGCUGUGCCUCUUCUCUCCCUUCGGGCUGGCCGCCCAGCUCCCCGAGGUGGGAGAAGGAUGCGGGGCGCAGACGGGUAUUUCCCCUCCCCGUUUUGGCGCUGGCCCCGCCCACCGUGGGCCCCUGGGCGUUGACCCCAGACAUGUAAAUACUCCUUAAUUUUGGGAAAGUCGU